UCCUCGGAGAUGAGGAGUAGCCGAAAUUUCGGGUGGCUGUGCGUCUUGGAGUCGGAGCUGCUCUGCAAAUUUCCGUGUAAAUUAUUCACUGGCCGUAGUUUAACUUGAUUAAAAUCCCGGAUUGUAUAAAACUCAAUUACCGUUAUUAAUGUAUAUUCAAUUAAAACGUUAGCUUAUAUUUAUUGCGACGAUUCGCAAGCCGUUUGAAAUCCGUAAUAAUGUAAUCAUUUCAUUUUAUCGCAAAAAUUGAGUGACAACACAUAAUAAUUAUUUAUACAUACGAAUAAUACUUCUAGGAUUUGAUUGACACAUGAUAAUUGCACUUUACGCAUCAAAUCCUUGUCACGAGGUUUGAGGACGAUUUUGUGCUCCGAAAAAAUUGUUAUUCAAAGUGCAGUAUUUUGGUAUUUUUUUUUUUUUUUGUUUUUGAAUUACCAUACCUCGAUCGUCGACAAACAUAAAUCUGGAAUGACUAGAAUACAAUAUCAUCAGCAUAUUACAAAUCCAUACAAAAAUAUUGUAGCUCGUAUGCAUGAUGAAAGAUUCGUUAAAAAAUUUGUGGAAGACAGAUGUUUCGAGAAUGACAAGAUUAAGUGUAUGAUUAACGCAAACGGCAUGAAUAAUAAAUGUUUCAAGAACAUAUCCAAUCCAAAGCUUGCAGCAAGUCGCAUUUAAACUGCGUUCAGAUAUGCAAUGCGGGAAUUCGACGAUACGUUGAGUAGAAACAGAAGAGAAAUAUAGGAGUGUAUCAUCUUAAGGACUCAUGACGGCAGGACAUAACGAUGGUGCUACAACGAUUGUCCUUGUAUUUGUUCUAUUACUCAACGUCAUGCUACAGAUCGAGUGUUUAGCCGGCAUCGAGACGGAUAGCGUAGGAAAAACUGGACAAGAAUCUGCCGAAAAAUCACCGGCAUUUGUCGAAAACGAUUUGUUAGCCCCCAUGAGUUUUGGGACUAAUAACUCUACAGUAAUAGUCGCACAGACUGGAUCAAAUGCUCUCGUACCAUGCAUCGUGAAAAAUAUCGGCGACAGUAUGCAUGUAUCGUGGAUAAGAAGAAGAGGCGUCCAGCAAUUGUUAACCGUCGGUUUAACGACGUAUGCGAGCGAUGAGCGUUUCCAGGCGAUACAUUUUCAACACAGCGAAGACUGGACGCUUCAAAUAAAAUACGUCCAGCAACGUGACGCAGGAAUUUACGAAUGUCAAGUGUCUACACACCCUCCGUCCAGCAUAUUUCUAUUGCUACAGGUGGUCGAUGCACACACGGAAAUAGACGGGCCGAUGGAAAAAUUCGUCAGACCCGAUAGCACGCUGUUGUUGCACUGUGUUGUUAAAAAAUCGACCGAGAUACCGUCAUUUUUUUUUUGGUACCAUAAUUCUCGUAUGGUGAACUACGAUACCGAUCGAGGAUAUAACGUUAGCACAGAUUUAUCGGGAAAAGAAAGUUGGCUAGAAGUUUCCAGAGCGACGUCACGUCAUUCCGGAAAUUAUACAUGCGUCGCGAGUAACGCGAAAUCGACGCGUGUUCUAAUACAUAUAUUCAACGGGGAUAAUCCAGCGGCAAUGCAGCAUAGUGCAGCCGCAUCUUCUACCAUAAAUUUAUAUCCUCUAUAUCUUGUUAUUACGGUUGUCCUUAAUAACUUUAUCGCUGCGGUUUUAUCGCGGCGCGUACAUACGUCCAAUGAAAAUAUCAAAAUUAAAUACUUUCGAUGAGAAAACUAAUAAAGUAUGAACUCCCAGCACGAGUCGUCGUUAUAAAUUCUGAAAUAUUUAUGAUAUAAAGUUGAAGUUCGCUUAAAGUGGAUAAAAUCAUAAACUUGAGAUAUUCCAUUUUGAAAUCGAUAACAUGUACAACGGUGUCGUGAAAGUUUUGAAGAACUAUUACGAUUAAUCAAAAUGAAAUUACAUCUCAUUGUUUAACGAACAACUAUACAUAUAUAUUGAGAAUUCCAUGCGGGCUCGACCAACGUCUGACCGUCAGCAUUGCUGAUUUUGUUUAGAAAAAUUUCUGCUAUUGUCUCAACUCGGAAACAGUACUCUGAAUUUUUUCAGAUUUAUUGGUCAACUGAGAAAUUGUUGGAACAGUCUGAAAAUUCGCGAAAAAUUCUCAAAAUUUCCAUUUUUCACUUUACAACAUUGGAGUCGAUAAAAAAAAAUUGGAGCUGCCAAAAAAUAGGCAAACAUCGCUCCAUAAUAGAACCUGUGUAGGAAGUGAAAAAUAGAAGUUUUAAGAAUUUUUCGGGAACUUUCAUGAUGAUUUAGUUGAUCAA